CGGUGCAAGUCCAGUACUAUCUUUAGCGUUAAGCACAAACAAAGUUACAGUGAAUUUGGUGAUAAAAUAGAAUAAAAAUAAUAAUAAUAUGAAUUCCAAGGAAAUGCUCGAAGACCAGGAAUUAUUGUUUGACCCUAAGGGUUUGGGUACACCACCACCAUACACAGAGUUUGCUACACCUUCAGCUCCAGUUGCCCAGACAGUGCCGGUUGCAGUGCCAGCACCCGAUCCAGUAAUAGUCCAACAGCCACAAGUCAAUGCUAUUCCGACCUCAGCGUCUAUACCUGACAAAAUUGGACCUGAGGCAGAGUGUAUGAUCUGCAAGUCCUGCAACAAACAGAUCUACACAAGAGUUGAAUACAAACCAACUACUAAUACCUAUUUGAUUGCUGGUAUAUGUUGCUUGUUGCUGUGCUGGCCUUGUGCGUGCUACUUAUACCGUUCACCACUCUGUCGGAGUAUAGACCACUACUGUCCAAACUGCGACAUCUACAUUGGAACGUGUCGAUUGAUAUAGGUACACCCAUUAGCAUUUAAAAUUUGUAAAAUAUAUCGAAAAAAUGGAAUACUAUUUGGUUUUGGUAAUCAAAUCGUAAGAACGGCGCAAUAUGGCUCAGACAAAUGAUUUGAUUAAACGAUAAUUGGACGAUGCAAGUUCCAUCAUCAGCGAAUGAGAGUCGAUGAGUCUUUUAGUCGAUUAAGAUCUGUUAUUAUCGACUGCAACUGUGAUAAAUAAAG